AUGUUUUUUCUUUUUCGUAUAUGUACACAUAUACUAAACAUUUUCCUUAUAUAUACAUAGCAUCCCCACAUUCAGUAUUUGCAUAUAACCAUAUCAUCCAAAACAAACAAGAGACAAAAAAAACUAUACCUAUUUUCCUCUAUAGUUUAUAAUUAUGGCCCAUGCUCUAGUGUUCACGGUGAAGAGGCGUGAACCUGAACUGAUAACUCCAUCAAAACCCACACCUCAUGAAACAAAACUACUCUCAGACAUUGAUGACCAAGAUUCAUUACGUUGGCAAGUUCCUGGGAUACAAUUUUAUAAAUAUGAUCCAAAUAUGGCAGGGAAAGACCCUGUUGAUAUUAUUAGAAAAGCAUUAGCAAAAACACUUGUGUUUUAUUAUCCAUUUGCAGGUAGAUUAAGGGAAGGUCCGGGUAGGAAACUUAUGGUGGAUUGCACUGGAGAAGGUGUUUUGUUUAUUGAAGCUGAUGCAGAUGUUAGUUUGAAAGAAUUUGGUGAAGAUCUUCAUCCUCCAUUUCCUUGCAUAGAUGAGCUUCUUUAUGAUGUUCCUGGUUCUUCAGAUAUGCUUAACACUCCAUUGCUGCUUAUUCAGGUAACACGCCUCAAGUGUGGUGGUUUCAUUUUUGCUUUCCGUAUGAACCAUACAAUGAGUGAUGGAUCAGGUAUGCUUCAAUUCUUGAAUGCCUUAGGAGAAAUAUCUCGUGGGAUGAGUAAACCUUCAAUCUCACCAGUGUGGAGCAGAGAGCUUCUUAAUGCAAGGGAUCCACCAAUAGUGACAUGUACUCAUCGUGAAUACGAUCCAGAACCCGACAACAAAGGAACCAUGUUUCCCUUAGACGACAUGGUUCACCGCACUUUCUUCAUUGGUCCGACCGAGGUAGCUGCAAUUCGCUCUCUCCUUCCGACUCACCAAUUGCAAAAAUACUCCAAUUUUGAAGUCAUAGCCGCAUACUUUUGGCGUUGUCGUACAAUAGCAUUACAACUAGAUUCUAACGAAGAAGUUCGCAUGAUCUGCCUAGUCGAUGCACGUAACAAAUCUGUUUACAAACAACUUCCAAAAGGUUAUUAUGGUAACGCUAUAGCGUUUCCCGUUGCGGUUACAACUGCAGGAAAACUUAUUGAAAAUCCACUGGAGUAUGCAUUGAAUUUAGUUAAGAAAGCAAAAGCUAAUGUCAACAAAGAGUAUAUGCAUUCAGUGGCAGAUUUAAUGGUUAUCAAGGGUCGUCCUCCUUUAACUACUGCUGGAUUAUAUUUAGUGUCUGAUAUUACACGUGCUGGACUUGGAGAUGUUGAAUUUGGUUGGGGGAAAGCUCUCUAUGGAGGAAUGGCUAAAGGAGGUGAUGUUGCUAUUCCUGGUCAAGCUGUAUUUCAUAUACCUUUCAAAAAUGCUAAAGGAGAAGAAGGUUUGGUUAUACCGUUUUUCUUGCCUGCUCAAGUCAUGGAGAGGUUGGUUAAAGAGUUCCAUAGCUUGCUUAUGUGCAUGCAUACUAAGAGUGAUCCAAAAUCUGGUUUCAUUAACUCUUCUUUGUAGUCCUUAAAAAAGGUUUGUUUGAAUAUAAUAGGGUUACAUAA